CCUGCCUUGGCCUCCUAAAGUGCUAGAAUUACAGGCGUGAGCCACUGUACGGGGCGCCUUCAGGUACUUUUGACCCAACCCCCUCCCUUGCUGGGGGUGCGGAGGUCGAGAGAGACGUCACUUGCCCUGACUCUACCUAGAAGUGGUUCUCAGGGUUGGGGUGAGACUUGGUGUGGGGACUGGGAUGCAUCUGUGUUCUGUGGCCCUGGUCGCGUUCUCCCUGGGCCUGUCGGCUGGCGCCAAAUGAGCUCAGGUGAGGGGGUGGGGAGGGAGGUUCCCGGUCAAACUCCGUCGGGCUCCGCGGCCCCGCCCCUCCUCCAGGCGGGCGCUUCUAGAUGGCGCGGGGCGGGCCCUGCGGGCGUGUGGCUAAAGGCGGAACCACGACGGGAAGAGCGGACGGAGCUGGGAAGCCCCUGGGCGCCCGUCGGAGGGCCCAGCGCGGCGCGGAGGGCCAUGGAGCAGCGGCCACGGGGCUGCGUGACGGCGGCGGUGGCUGCGGCGCUCCUCUUGCUGCUGCUGGUGCCCCAGGCCCAGGGUGGCACUCGUAGUCCCAGGUGUGACUGUGCCGGUGACUUCUACAAGAAGAUUGGUCUGUUUUGUUGCAGAGGCUGCCCAGCGGGGUACUACCUGAAGUCCCCCUGCACGGAGCCCUGCGGGAACUCUACCUGCCUUCCGUGUCCUCGAGACAGCUUCUUGGCCUGGGAGAACCACCAUCAUUCUGAAUGUGCCCGCUGCCAAGUCUGUGAUGAGCAGGCCUCCCAGGUGGCCCUGAAGAACUGUUCUGCAGUGGCCGACACCCACUGUGGCUGUAAGCCGGGCUGGUUUGUGGAGUGCCAGGUCAGCCAGUGUAUCAGCAGCUCACCCUUCUACUGCCGACCCUGCCUAGACUGCGGGGCCCUGCACCGCCACACGAGGCCACCCUGUUCCCGCUAUGAUACUGACUGUGGGACCUGCCUGCCUGGCUUCUAUGAACACCGUGAUGCCUGCGUGUCCUGCCCCACGAGCAGCCUGGGGAGCUGUCCAGAGCGCUGUGCCACUGUCUGUGGCUGGAGGCAGAUGUUCUGGGUCCAGGUGCUCCUGGCUGGCCUUGUGUUCCCCCUCCUGCUUGGGGCCACCAUGACCUACACUUACCGCCACUGCUGGCCUCACAAGCCCAGGGUUACUGCAGAUGAAGCUGGGAUGGAGGCUCUGACCCCACCAUUGGCCACCCAUCUGUCACCCUCGGACAGCGUCCAUACCCUUCUAGCGCCUUCUGACAGCAGUGAGAAGAUCAGCACUGUCCAGUUGGUCGGCAACGGCUGGACGCCUGCCUACCCCCAGUCUCAGGAAGUGCUCUGCCCGCAGGUGACAUGGUCCUGGGACCAGAUACCCAACAGAGCUCUUGGCCCCGCUCCUGUGCCCAGGCUUUCGCCAGAGUCGUCAGCGGGCUCGCCAGCAGUAAUGCUGCAGCCCGGUCCGCAGCUCUACGACGUGAUGGACGCGGUCCCCGCGCGGCGCUGGAAGGAGUUCGUGCGCACGCUAGGGCUGCGUGAGGCGGAGAUCGAAGCCGUGGAGGUGGAGAUCGGCCGUUUCCGAGACCAGCAGUACGAGAUGCUCAAGCGCUGGCGCCAGCAGCAGCCCGCGGGCCUGAGCGCCGUCUACGCGGCCCUGGAGCGCAUGGGGCUGGACGGCUGUGCAGAGGACUUGCGCAGCCGCCUGCAGCGCGGCCCGUGACACGGCGCCCGCUCGCCACCCAGGCGCUCUGGUGGCCCUUGCAGAAGCCCUAAGUACGGUUACUUAUGAGUGUAGACAUUUUAUGUCACUUAUUCAGCCGCUGGCACGGCCCUGCGUAGCAGCACCAGCCGGCCCCUCCCCUGCUCGCCCUUAUCGCUCCAGCCAAGGUGAAGAAGCACGAACCAAUGUCCGGGGGGGUCAAGAGAUUUCUGUUUCUUAGCCGGAGUUUGGCUGAGAUUGUGGUAUUAAAUCUAGGGGGUGAAAAAA